AUGCCGAUCUGCAUGGUGAUUCCAGCAGAAAUUAAGCGUACACUUUUUGUCGUUGUGUUUUUCGCUAUUUUGGUUCAUAUUUAUCGAAAUGCAUUCACCAAAUUACCGCAUUAUUUCAGAGGUAAAAUAUACGAUAGAAGAUUCGAUGAAGUCGAAUCGGCUUUCAAGCAAAAUUUUUAUGAUGAAUAUGAACAAGGAGGUGCAUCAUUAGUAGUUUAUUAUCAAAACAAAUUAGUUGUUGAUUUAUGGGGUGGUUAUGCGGAUCGAAAUGCAGCCAGAAGAUGGAUGAAAAAUACAUUAGUGGUGACGUUAUCAACAACAAAAAUUAUUGCUGCCUUUUGUAUCGCUUUACUUGUGGAUCGAGGAUAUAUAAAUUAUUCGGAUCCUAUAUCGAAAUAUUGGCCGAAUUUCCGUAAAAAUGGAAAAGCGAAAACAACAAUAGAAAUGGUUUUAUCACAUACAGCCGGUUUGCCUUAUUUGGAUCAAUUCAUUCCUGUUCAUCAGUUUAAAAACCAUACUGUAAUGAGAAUGGUACUUGAAGAUGCAAAACCAAAAUGGUCGCCAGGAACACGAAUGGCUUACCAUUCUUAUACUUAUGGUUGGAUCAUCGAUCAAAUUAUCCGGCACGCCGAUCCUGAACAUCGAGGAUUGGCUCAGUUCUUCAAAGAAGAAAUCGCUGAUAAAUAUGCAGUUGAUUAUUUUAUUAGUUUACCAAGAGAAGAAUAUUAUCGAGUAGCGAGAUUUAUGCCCAUAACUUGGCUUCAAAGUAUUAAAGAUUUCUUCUGGAGAACGGAUCCUAGAGCUCAUCCUUUUUGGCUGAGAAAUUAUAAGUCCAUGAUCAUCGAUCAAAACGAUGUUAAGACUCCAAUUUGUGAAAAUUCUAACUCAGAUCAUCAAGAAUAUUCCACUAUUAAAUUAUUAUCAGUUGAUCGAGAUUAUUUUUUCACCAAUUUAUCAUCAUUUGAUAAUAAUUGUGAUGAAAAUUUUGUAAUGAUUCCACCAUGGUUAGGUCGUCGUUUUCCAUCUACGGUCAAUAAUCCAAAUUACUUGCAAAUUGGCGAAGGUUCUAUGCUUGGAGUUGGAAAUGCGAGAAGCUUAGCAAAAAUCUUUCAUAUUGUUCUAAAUAAUAAACUUAGCGAAUCAUUACAAUUCUAUUUGAAACAAUCACCGGCAAAGAAUGAUGAUUUGAUUAUGGGUUCAAAUAUUUUUAGAAGCAACGGUUUCAUCUAUUAUAUGACAAACAGUUCAAAAUCAUCGAUGAAUAAAUUCUUAGACAUCCUUAAGUUUCAGGAAUUAUGGGGCUACGGUCAUGAUAGUUACGGUUGUCAGCAAGUGUUCUACGAUCCUAAAAAUAAUGUAAUCAUUGCAUAUACAAGUAAUUUCAUAAAAUUUGGCACCUUCUUGAAGUGUUUACCAUAUCAAAUCAUACAUUUGUCUAUUUACAAUGUUUUACGAAAUUUAGGAAAUUCAAUAAAUUAA